AUGGCUAUCCUCAAACCUCUUCUUACGUUUUGCCUUGUUGCCAGUGCGAGUGCCUUUAGGAUCUAUGAAUCUGACGAUCUUAAUACUGUCGGGACAGCUUGCGCCAGCGCCCUGUCAGCCGAUAUUGCUUGCAAUCCCUAUAUUCACGAUUUCAUGUCUUUACGCUAUCGAUUCUCCCUUGAGAAUGUUACCCUGACCGACGAGAUCUGUGUUCCAAGCUGCUCUUCAUCGCUUCGCCAAUGGUUCAAUUCAGUUUCCAAGGAAUGCACCGGUGAUGAGUGGAAGAGUACUAUGGUUCCCACGGUCUACGGAGGUAACAUUUGGGCUGGUUGGAAUGAGACUUGCGUCAAGGAUCCUAAGACCAAGAAAUACUGCAAUGACAUCAUUAGCGAAUUUCCUGAGCUGGGAGAAAAGAUGGCCAAAGAAGAUCUUUGCCAUCCAUGCUAUCGUAGACGUCUUGCUCUAAUGCAGUCCUCUCAAUACUCCGUAUAUAACGAGGAUUACAAGAAGGAGCUAGAGCGCAUAUACAAGAUUUGCGGAGGCUCAGGUCCGACAGAGAUUCCUCCACCUCUCACAAGGAAGGACGAAGAGGAAGAAGAGGAGGAGUUUUGCCUGAACGACAAGUGGUACACGACCAAAGAGGGCGAUACCUGUGAUUCAAUUUCCAAAGCCGCAGGAGUAUCUGGAGGACUUCUUUAUAUGGGAAACCAAGAGCUUAUUCGUGACUGUCACAAGAUACCUGAGGGUCUCAAGCUCUGCCUCCCUACAGUCUGCAAGACAUACUAUGUUAAGCCUGAAGAUACAUGCCUGAGUAUCGAAAUAGGCCUCGGGAUUCGCUGGGACACCAUCCGUAAGUACAACAGCUGGGUGGACCGCGACUGCAAUAAUCUCCAGGGAGGAACAGACUUUUACGGCAAGUCCGUCUGUAUUGGUCCUCUAGGCACCGCGGAUGCUCUUGCACAGCUUCGACAGCCAUCCACAGAGAGAGAUUCCAUCCCGCUCAGGGUUAGUAGUGGAAAUACUCCCAAUCUUCUGCGAGUAUCGCCACCGGAAAACACCAAGAUCGCUGAGGGCACUACUUUGAGGUGCGGAAAGUGGUAUGUCGUUACUGAGUCAGAUACUUGCAGUGGUAUUUGUCAGGACAACGACAUUUGCGCAGAUGGCCUUCUACUUAAAGCAAAUCCUUCUCUGAAAAAGGACGAUUGUCAAGAGAGCUUGGUUCCUGGUGUAGCCUUGUGUGUGGCACCUAUCUCUGGCUGGGAUUCUGAGUGA